AUGAGUUCUGACAUACAGACAGCCGGGCACGCUCCUCCCGGCAUGAAUGAGAAGGUCCCGACUGAUGACCGUAUCGAGAGAAGCAAUGUCAAUUAUACCAGUUUCACACAGGUCGGGCUCGAUGACAAGAUACUUAACGCGGAAGCCCUUCAGGGUACCGCGAACGAGCACAGCCUUACGUUCCUGCAAGGCAUUAAGACGUACAAGCGCGCGGCUCUCUGGUCUAUUUUGAUAUCUACCACCGUGAUCAUGGAAGGCUACGAUGUGACCUUGGUUGCCAGCUUCAUUGGAUACCCGACUUUUCGCGAAAAGUAUGGCCAGUGGCACGAUGAAGAGCAUGGAUACCAGAUUUCUUCGGCCUGGCAGGCCGGGCUCAACGACAUUGCCGCCGUGGGCAACAUCAUCGGUGCUCUGCUCAACGGGUACUUUACAGCCAAAUAUGGCCAUCGCAAGACGCUCAUGUUCAGUUUGGCCUUCCUCACUGCCUUCAUCUUCAUCGAGUUCUUCUCGCCAAACAUCGAGGUCCUUCUAGUCGGCGUCUUUCUCUGCAACAUCCCGUGGGGUGUGUUUGCGACGACUGGACCGGCGUAUGCAGCGGAAGUGGCUCCGUUGGCCCUGCGAGGCUAUCUCACUGCAUACGUCAACUUGUGCUGGUGUAUCGGCCAAUUCAUCUCUGCUGGUGUCCUGAAGGGACUGGUCAACAACAAAUCUCAGUGGGGAUACAAGAUUCCAUUUGCUGUCCAGUGGGUUUGGCCCGUCCCCCUCUUCAUCGCUGCUCUCCUCGCCCCUGAAUCCCCUUGGUUCCUCGUGCGAAACGGCAAUCUCGAGUCAGCCCGCAAGUCGCUCGUCCGCCUUUCGGAGCCCGAGCACAAUGUCGACUACGAUGCCACUAUCGCCCUCAUGGUCCACACCGACAAGAUCGAGAAGGAAGAGCAGGCCGGAACGAGCUACUGGGAUGCCUUCAAGGGCACUAACCGGCGCCGUACCGAGAUCGCGUGCAUGUGCUUUCUCUCUCAGAUCACUGACGGCGGUGCCCUGUGUUACAGCGGGAGCUUCUUCUUCGAACAAACGGGCAUCAGUGCCGAUGCCGCCUAUGCCAUCGGUCUCGCAGGCACAGGAAUCGCCUUCUGCGGCACUAUCAUCUCAUGGUUCUACCUUUCCAGAUGGGGACGUCGCACAAUCUGGCUUUACGGCUUCUACAUGCUGGUCCUGGUCUUGUUCACCAUUGGCAUUCUCGCGUGCGUCCCGAACCAGACGAAGACGCUCGCUUGGGCGCAGUCGUGUCUGUGCCUGGUCUGGCUGGGCUCCUACUCCAUGUCUGUCGGUCCCAUUGUCUACACGAUCGUUGCCGAGAUCGGCUCCACUCGUCUCCGGACGCAGACCGUUGUCCUUGGCAGGACGACGUAUUAUAUUGGCAACAUCAUCGGCGGGGUGCUCCAGCCGUACUUUAUGUCCCCGACGGCUUGGGACGCUAAAGGCAAGACAGCAUUCUUCUGGGGGAGUCUGUCCUUUCUGACGACCGUUUGGGGCUACUUCCGGCUGCCUGAGACGAAGGACCGCACUUUCGGAGAGAUGGAUGUGAUGUUCCAGAAGGGCAUCCCUGCUCGCAAGUUUGCGAACUAUCAGCUCAACCCCGAAGAUGAGUUCAUUGGGCGCUAG